AUGAACCACCAGCCAUCGUCUGGAGACGUCCGAUCUAUUUCUUCUUCUUCUUCUUCUUCUUCUUCUUCUUCUUCUUCUUCUUCUGCUUCUUCUUCUUCUUCUUCUUCUUCUUCUUCCAGAAGCCAAAUAUUUUACCUUCUUAAAUUAGCAAAAUCUCCACACACUUUCCAUCUAUCUCGCUCUAUUCUGCAAAACGUGUUUUCCCUCUUCAAAGAAUUUCUGGCAGCAUACUUCAUUUUCUUUCUCAUUAUGUGUGACGUAUUCUGUCUUUAUUUCUUUCUUGUUUUUUUUUUUUUCACCAAAUACAUUCUGUUUUUCUUUUCUUUCAACUGCAUCUAUAUUUUCCUUUCUUUCUUUUUUCUUUCUUUCUUUCUUUCUUUCUUUCUUGUUCUUUUCAGCAUUUUGAAACAUUCUUUUAUCAUACGCCUUCGUCCCUUUUUCUUUAUCUUUGAACUAUAUCGAUAUUUUCUUUCUUUCUUUCUUUCUUUCUUUCUUUCUUUUCUUUCUUUCUUUCUUUCUUUCUUUCUUUCUUUCUUUGCCAUUAAUUUUAUUCAUUUUCUUUCUUUAUUUCUUUCUUCUUUUCCUACUUUCUUUCUCCUUCUUUUUGCUUUCCAGCAUUUUAAAACCUUUUCUCAUCCAAUGACUUUUAUUCACUUUCAUUUUUCUAUAAAAUCUUUCCAUAGUUUAAUUUAUUUUUCUUUUUUGCGUACUUCAUUUCAUUCAUGUUUUUCAUUUAAGAGAUUUUUCUGUUUUUUGGUAAACUUUGUCUCUAUUUUCUUUCUUUCUUUCCUGCCUUUUCUUUGUUCUUUCUUUCUUUUGCUUUCUUUAUUUCGAAGUGCUGUUCGUUUUUUUCCUUCCUUCCUUCCUUCUUUCCAUCCUCUCCUUCCUUCCUUUCUUUCUUCCUUCCUUCCUUCCUUCCUUCCUUCUUUCCCUCCUCUCCUUCCUUCUUUCCCUCCUUCCUUCCUUCCUUCCUUCUUCUUCUUCCUUCCCUUCCUUCCUUCCUUCCUUCCUCCUUCCUUCCUUCCUUCCUUCCUUCCUUCCUUCCUUCCUUCCUCUCCUUCCCCCCUCUUGCCUUCCUCCCUCUUUCCUUCUUUCUUUCUUUCCUUCCUUCCCCUUCCUUCCUUCCUUCCUUUUCUUCCUUCCUCUCCUUCCUUCCUUCCUCUUUCCCUUUCUUUCUUUCCUUUUUCCUUUUUUUUUUUAUUUCUUCUUUUUCCUGUUUUCAUUUAUGCUGUCUACAAAUAUCCUUUCUUGUAUCUUCUUUCCUUUCAUUCUUUCUUUAUUUCUUCUUUUCUUUCUCUCGUUUCUUUCAGUCUUUCUUUUUUUCUGUCUUUUUUUCUUUAUUCCCUUUGUUCUUUCUUAAUUUCUUCUUUUCUUUCUCACGUUUCUUUCUUUCUUUUUCUUCUUCCUUCCUUUCGUUCUUUCUUUAUUUCUUCUUUACUUUCUCUCGUUUCUUUUUCCUUUCGUUCUUUCUUUAUCUCUCCAUGUUCCUUCCAUCACGCAUCCCUUUACACCCCGCCCCCUAACUUUUUUUUCAACUCAUUCACUCACCUCCAACCCCGCCACCGUACACCUUCAAUCUACCCGAAUUUCAGCUUAACCCAGCGAAACGUUUCUCUGCUCUUUAUCCUUCGUCAAUACAAUUCCAAUGCUAAUGCACUUCAAUUUAACUCACUAUUGCAUCUACAUUCCGCUCGUCCGCUUACGCACCGCCUUCUCACCGCGCGUUCACUCCCGGAGGGAAGGAGAAACCCACCAACACGAUCCGCUUACGUUAUCAUCUUCUUUAACCUUGCCAAUUCUUAUUUAAGUGCCUGGAGCUGUUGUUUGUGUUUUGUUGACGAACCUCACGAUAAGGCUGAUGUAUCUCCGCGCCGAAAACAAAUUCACCCUCCGGAGAAGCAUAAAUAUCUAUCUAUCUAUCUAUCUAUCUAUCUAUCUAUCUAUCUAUCUAUCUAUCUUGUUAUCCGUCAGUUCAUAUGCACCUAUUGUCUUAGAAGGAGUAAGCGAUUUUAUCAACAGGAAGUUCGAUUAUCAAUGGAUAUUCGUAAAUAUCACACAGCGCUCGUUACUAAAUUAAAACCGAUGUAA